UGGUCUUUAAUUUAUUUGAUCAACGGUGUAGUAACGACAACUACGUUCCUUUCUCUCCCUUUGAUCCUUUGGGUUAUCUGUUUUUUUGUUAUUUGGCAUUUAUGGAUUUCAAAAUAUUAUCAAAGUAUGAUGAUUUAUUAUCUUCAAUACUUUUGGAUGAUCAAUACCUUUGGUUCGAUACUAUCAAAAUGAAUCAAGAUCUUGUGAAAGCAGAUAUAUCAACAGACAUCAUUAGACAGAUCAUUUAUGACAAUGUUAUUAUCAAUAGCGAUGUUGUUCUUGCAGCCAAGCAACUAUUAAGUCUUCCCUUCUUUGACUUAUAUUUGGAAAGCAAGGAUGAGAAAGAACGAUACGAAUUUACUGCUCAUAUGAAACGAUAUCUUUUGAUGUAUUUGCCCAAUGCCGGAUUUGAAAUCAGUGAUACUCUUCGAUACAAUGGCGUAGAAGCUUGUGUUAUCUCUACGAAAGUAUGGGUAGUGGGUGAUGAAAUCAGGAAUUGUGUUGGGAUGAUUGCUUGUUUGAACCCUGAAGAUGAUGCUGAAUUGAAAAAAUCAAAAAGGGAUUUUAGUGUCAUGUACUCUCAACGUCGUGAUUCAAACUGUCUCUUUCUAGGUCCUGCAAGGUUUAUGAAUCAUGAUUGUGGAUCGAAUUGCAAGUUCAUUAAUCUUGGUCCUAGCUCUAUUACUUUUAAGGUGGUCAAAAAUAUAGAUGUGAAUGAUGAACUGACGGUAUUUUAUGGAGCUCAUUACUUUGGCGUCAAUAAUUGCGAAUGCCGAUGUUUGACUUGCGAAAGAAACGGACAAGGAUACUUCUCAAAGCUUGAACAAGAAAAUGAUCAUGUUGAAACCACACAACAAGACCAUUCUCAACGACGUAGUGGCAGAAAGAAAAAGAAGACAUCAUAUGAAGAGUACAUUAUACAUCAAGGUGAUCGACGAGUCAAACUGUCUACAGGUGAUGAUCACAAAGUUUUGCCCAAGAAGAAAAAACAGACAAACAAACGCUUAUUAGAACACAUGGAAGAACGUAUGACUUUGACAAAACCAGAUAAUAACAUGAUAUUCAAAAACGGUACAAUCGCUGGCGACUCACCUAGGACUAUCUCAUAUUCAACACCUGCAACUAUUUCAUCUUCACCAAGAUCUCUUGAUGAUUCCACUACCACUUCUCAAUCUUCUAUUUAUACUGAUUCGUCUCUUAUCAACAAGAACCAUCCAAGGGAAAUUGGAGAAAUAUUGGACUAUUCAAUGAUGAUGAACGAAACAUCAAUAGGAUCUACUAUGGGUGAAUUUUUAAAAAAUCAAAUGGUGGCAACGACCGAUCCAACAGAAACGAAUAAAAAUGAAUUUUUGCAAGCAAUCAAUAAUGACGACAAUAACAAGGUAGUGCAUGAUGCCAAAGGAGCCAAUUAUUUUUCAGCAAUCAACAACAACAGCAACAACAACAACAACAAAAAUAACGAUACUCGUAUAAGAAACAAAGGGAUUUUGGAGGAAUAUCAAAAACGCGCUGGCAUUGAUCAUCUUUUAGAAGCAGCCAUUACCAUUGACAACAACAAUCACAUAGAAAAAACACAAAUGACUAACAUCAAUAUCAAAGUAGAAAUAGCAUCACCAUCGUCAACAACUACGAACACUGUUAUGGAUAACAAGUUUUCAAACAACCAUCAUGUUGUAAACAGAAUGAAUGAUGGUACAAUUUCGACUAGUUACUCCCACCAUGACGAAAUGCAACAACAACAACAAGAACAACAGCAACAGCGACAAAGUCAAGAAUUACCAGAUUGGUUACAGGCAAUGGAUGCGAUUUUGGAUGAUGACUGUGAUUCAGAUGUUUCUUCUAUGAUGACUGCGGAUUUGCAGGAAUUGGAGGACUUGACUACAGACUACUGUAUUGGGUGUGGACGUACUUUGUUUCCAGAAGCAGAACAGCAGUAUACAAGGACAAGCGAUCUGGAAAUAUCACAUCAAUAUCAAGAACUACGGCGGUACUGCUAUAAUAGAUGUUGGCGAUGCAGUCGGCAUUUUCUGAUUUAUCACCUUGAAUGGCCUAUACGACGACUUAAGAAAGGGAAGAAAUAUGUACCAACAACUUGCCUAUAGGAACAAAGCUCUCUCUC